UUGUCACUUCCUGCUGGUGCAGAUUCUGGGUGGGACAGCGGAAGUGUUGUGCGCCGGGUCUGACAGCAUUUUAUCGGUGUUAACAGGAGAAAAUACAGGUUCAAAAUGCCGGCUUACCAUUCGAACCUGAUGGACCCCGACACCAAACUGAUUGGAAACAUGGCUCUGCUGCCCCUGAGAACCCAGUUUAAAGGGCCGGCUCCCAGGGAAACCAAAGAUUCUGACAUCAUUGACGAAGCCAUCUACUACUUCAAAGCCAAUGUCUUCUUCAAGAAUUAUGAAAUUAAGAAUGAAGCUGACAGGACUUUAAUCUACGUGACUUUGUACAUUUCGGAAUGUCUCAAGAAGCUUCAGAAGUGCAACUCCAGAGGCCAGGGAGAGAAGGAAAUGUACACGCUGGGAAUCACCAGCUUCCCCAUUCCAGGAGAACCGGGUUUCCCUCUGAACGCCAUGUACGCCAAGCCGGCUGACAAGCAGGAGGAAGAGACAAUGAGGGCGUACUUGCAGCAGAUCAGACAGGAGACGGGCUUGAGGCUGUGUGAAAAAGUCUUUGACCCUCAGACUGAUAAACCCAGCAAGUGGUGGACCUGCUUUGUGAAGAAGCAGUUCAUGAACAAGAGCCUUUCUGCUCCAGGGCAGUAAAACCCACUCUUGCUCUCUGCAGCUAGGCUACAACUGUGUGUGUGCAUAUUUGUCCUCCAAGAUCAUUUUUAUACCGUGUAUGGAUGUACUGAAAUAAAAGUGUAUAACUCGGGCUUUCUCUGUUAUAAUGUUGAGCUGGUGCUUAACAAGAACAGGAUACAGAUGAAAGUAAUAAUUCAAGUGUUUUAAACAGCUUGGUUAAGAAAUUGCCAUUUUUUGUGCGUGCUAAAAUUCCCAAAUGCUGUUUCAUACCUGUCACUCAUAUAACAUCUUAUCUCUACUGCUUCUGAAAAUCAGAUGCUAUGCCCUUCAACUUUUAAAGUUAUACGAUGACUGUAUCACAUGCUCUUUGUUCUUGAUUCAUUUCAAUAAAUAUUCUUUUGGAUGGUCA